UUGUACCGGCAGGGGGCGGUAGUGCUCCCCCUGCUUGUUGCAGCGCUCCCGAGCAGCUGCAGCUGUGGUAACUUGAAGCACCAUUGUUGGUCUCCACACAACAAGACGCACACACGGCUGGGUUGUAUAAAUCAUCAACGCGAAAUUUGGCCAUGAUUAUACCGCCCGCCCUCUCGUUGCCAGUAGCCACACCGGAGCUGCAAUGAAGGCAGGGGCCUCAUCCGUGUGGGCUUCAUGUUGUGGUCUGCUGAAUGAAGUCAUGGGUACUGGGGCCGUCAGAGGCCAGCAGCCGGGGUUCGGAGCCGGGGCUGGACCCUUCAGAUUUGCCCCUAGCGCGGGAUACUCCACGUACCCGCCCUCCAGCUCAGGGAGUCCCAACCCGGUGUGUAUGACCUGCGGCCAGGCCUUCUCAGUCUUCAGGAGGAAGUACGUUUGCUCCGACUGCAAGAAGAGCUUCUGCUCGAUGUGCAGCGUGCUUCAGGAGAACCUGCGCACAUGUGCCACCUGCCACUUGCUGAAGGCCACGGCCUUUCAGCGCCCGCGGCUCAUGCGCCUGCGAGUGAAGGACCUGCGUCAGUACUUGUUGCUGCACAGCGUCAACACCGAAACCUGCAGGGAGAAGGAGGACCUGGUAGAGCUGGUGCUCCGCCACCGGGGCAUCGAGGAGGAAGAGGAGGAAGAAGAAGAGGAGGAGUGCGAUCCUGACACGACCAGCCUCUUCUCGCGCUCCAUGUUCACACCAACUCCUUCCACCGCUCAGUCGGCCACCGAGCUGUCUGCUUACGACACCUCUCCUCCUCCUGAGGAGGAAUCGCUCAGCAGGAGCGACAGCUCCGACAACAACCAGGAUUUAGGCCUCGUCACAUCACAGUCUCUCCUCAACUUGGACUCCAGCGAGCGAACUCCAGAGGCAAGUCCUCAAAUGCGCCGUCGGGCCAGAGGCUCCCUCUCCGACAUCUCCAGUCUGAGGGACAUAGAAGGCCUGUCCGUGCGGCAGCUGAAGGAAAUCCUGGCCAGGAACUUCGUCAACUACUCGGGCUGCUGUGAGAAGUGGGAGCUGGUGGAGCGAGUCAGCAGGCUGUACAGAGAGACGGAGGAGAACAGGAAAUCAUUGGAAAAUGUGAGCAGGACUGUAACCACAGUGAUGGCCUUCCCCCCUCCUAUCUGCAAUGGUGCCAUCAGAGACGGCGAGAACCGCCCGCUGACGGCUCACGACGACAGCCUCUGCAGGAUCUGCAUGGACGCCGUGAUCGACUGCGUGCUCCUGGAGUGCGGCCACAUGGUCACCUGCACCAAGUGCGGCAAGCGGAUGAGCGAGUGUCCGAUCUGCAGGCAGUACGUGGUCAGGGCCGUGCACGUCUUUAAGUCCUAACAUGGCGCCGCUCCCUCCCCGCAACCUUCAACUCAGUAAUGCAGCUCACAAACUCUGUCACUCACAAACUCCUCGUCCCUGAAGGUUUUAUAUUAUUUGCGCAGUAUCCCAUUUCAUCAGUGGGCAGAUUAGGACCAUACUUUGUCUUUGAGUCUUUCCUUUUAUAUUUUUUUAAUUUGAACAAAGUCAAGAAUGUGUGAACAAGCUCAUUUAACACAUCCUCAUUACUGCCUAUAAGCUGUAGCCGGUACUCAGUUCUGCUGGGUGCCCACAGGAGCGCCUUUCUUUACAACUGCUGCAAGUAACUGCAUAUCAGUAACGUCUCCUAACCUCAUGCACAACCUCAGCCCAGGGUAUAACAUGUGAAUAAAGUAGGUGCCAAAUACUGGGCCUUAUGUGUCACCUGUUUUCAGUGUUUUCAUCAGCUCUGAGGACGUCAUCAGUCUUUCAGCCUGUUGGAUCAGAAAUCACUGUGUUAAUGCACCAUCAUCACUUACAACACUAAUAGUGGCUGAGGCGACGCGUGGCUUCCUGAUUGUCUGAGCGUAGCGAGGCUAAUUAGAAACUCCAGCUUUUGAUUUCCGUUGCCUCUGAAUGAGUAGCUCUGCACUUAUUGAAGGAAACUGGCGAGUGAUUAUUAUAUAAAGGUUGAUGCAGCAAUAAUUCUGCUGAUCUGCGUUGUGCUUUUUAUUAAUAUUAUUUAUUUAACGUAUCACUCAAAGUCUGUCGCAGCAAUAGUUAAACUUCCGCUGUCACCUUUGUCCGGUCCCAGCUCCUACUGGAGACUGAAGACAAAAUCUGGUGCUAACUCAUCCAACCAUCGUCCCUGUUUUCUAACUUUGGAUGUGAAACCGAAUGUUUUUUGUGUUUUUUUGUUGUUUUACUGGUCGUGGAACAAAGUGUCUUAAGGCUUUUUAAGUUCUCUCUUUUAGGAGUCACAUAUUCAGCGAUGUGUGGUAAAGAAAGUAUAUCAAGAUAACACUUGUUAAUGUACAUAUAUUGAUCCGUAUCAGAUGUAUAUAUCUAUAUUUUUUAAUUUAAUUUGAAUUGUGUGGUUCAGAUUAAAGUAUCCCGGGGAUUGGGCUUGUUUAUUUUUAUAGGGUUGUAUUUUUUUUAUUUAUUUUUUCUUGUAGUAACUAAAAACGUGUUAAUUUGCUUGAGCUCACUGUUCUGUUUGAACCACGGCAUGACGAGCAUUACAGUUAACAUUUCAUCUACCUUCCUACAUUUCCUGUCUUCAUAAAGAGCACUCAGCUGGUCUCCCUCCCACUAAUAAGCUUGGUCAGAAGCCCCCACCCCUCCUCUGUCUCUACCACUUGCUGCUGUCAUGAUGUUCUCUACAAUCACAGAGUAGGGGAGCCGAUUGCACUUUUUGUUUAGAGUGGGGACAAUUGUGUGCAAGGCAUGGUCUUUGUAUUUGGGAAUGUGAAACUUUAUAUCAUGAAUAAAGAUUUUAAGUAAAA